CCUACCUCCCGCUUGCUAUUUCCAUCAAUGGCCUCUCUCUCAACCUCAUCAUUAAAUACCAAACCCUGAGCUGCGCAUGGCAUCAUCUCAGUCACUUCUUUUCGGAGCUCUGUCGACCCGCUUGCGCCCAGCCGUCGCUGCCAACCUCACCCGCUUUCUCUCUGCGCCGCUGUUCCCUCGCGUCUACGCCGCCCGCUCAAUGGCUUCCACCACCGAGCCUUUCCUGAAGGUUAAGAUCCAGCGCGAUGACACAGCCUUUGAUGCCUACGUUGUCGGAAAAGAAAAUGCACCUGGCAUAGUGGUGCUGCAGGAGUGGUGGGGAGUUGACUACGAGGUCAAAAACCAUGCUCAAAAGAUUGCGAAUUUGGUUCCCGGUUACAGAGCUCUGAUUCCAGAUUUAUACCGUGGAAAGGUUGCGCUUGACGUUGCUGAAGCUCAGCAUUUGCUGGACGAGUUGGACUGGCCAGGUGCAAUAAAGGAUGUUGCCGCUUCAGUUAAAUGGCUCAAGGCCAAUGGUUCACCUAAGGUUGGCGUAGUUGGAUUCUGCAUGGGUGGUGCUCUAUCUGUUGCAAGUGCUGUUUUAGUUUCUGAAGUUGAUGCAGCUGUGAGCUUCUAUGGUUCAGCCUCCACGGAACUUGCAGAUGCUACAAAAACAAAGGCCCCUGUCCAAGCUCACUUCGGAGAACUAGAUUCCUUCAUUGGUUUCUCAGAUGUUACGGCUGCAAAACAAUUGGAAGAGAAACUGAAAGCUUCUGGUGCGCCCUCUGAAGUUUAUAUCUAUCCUGGAAUUGGGCAUGCUUUCAUGAACGAUACUCCUGAUGGAAAAAAAAGGAGACAGGAGAUGGGAAUAAAUGAUGAUGAUCCAGCUGCUGUAGAACUGGCUUGGUCUCGCUUCAGCUCCUGGGUGAGCAAAUACCUUUCAUCUUAACCGCCAUUUUUAUUAUCCCCUAAGUGUCUGCCUGUUUUGUUAAGAAAUAAAUUACUAUGGUUGUGUUAUUUUAGGUUUUUGUGCUGCUACUUUGUCGAGUUGAUGAGAGCUUUAAGUAGUAUGUGGGGGUACCUUGUUGAGGACUUUAUUAUGUUUCAGUUUAUGUUAAAUUUCUUUGGUU